GGUUUUUCGUGGUUUUUCGUGCUAUUUAUCAGUGCGCACCACUAUCUUGUUCGUUAUUCAUUUACCCGGUUCGUACAUGACCGGUCCGCGAGAGAGCCGGAGAGAUAACUGAGCGCACCUGAAAAUAUCUUUGUAUCUUGUAUCUUUUGUAUGAGUUUUUAGGAGUGAUCGGCUUCGGACGUAAACAAAACAGUUUCGCGUUUUAACUAGCUAUUGCGUUUGUCUCAACCAUUAAGUAUUUACAUAAUUAGGCGCAAAACAACAGAAUGACAAACACCGAUGUGCGGAAGAGAAAAUUGGCCACCGAUGAGAAGCCGCCACGACGAAAAGGCAGCGCUUCUCCCAAUGGCGGCAACGGAGGAAAUCGUGGCGGUACCAGCGGCCUCAAGAUCUCAUUUCUGUGUCUGAUCAUAUCCGUGAUCCUUCUCCUCUUUGUGUUCGGCUUUGUAUCUGAGAACGCCAGUCCAUACCUCGCCCGUUUGGCCUCAAAGUUUGGAUACAGCAAGGUGCAAUAUGCCGCCAUCAUCGAUGCUGGCUCGACUGGCAGCCGGGUUCUUGCCUACAAGUUCAAUCGCAGCUUCAUCGACAACAAGCUGGUGCUGUACGAGGAGCUGUUCAAGGAGCGCAAGCCCGGACUAAGCUCCUUUGCUGACAAUCCCGCCGAUGGUGCCCACUCCAUUAAGUUGCUUCUGGACGAGGCUCGGGCCUUCAUCCCCAAGGAGCACUGGUCGUCCACGCCGCUGGUCCUGAAGGCCACUGCCGGUCUGAGGCUGCUUCCCGCCAGCAAGGCUGAGAACAUUCUGAACGCUGUGCGCGAAUUGUUCGCCAAGUCCGAGUUCAACUUGGACAUGGACGCCGUGGAGAUCAUGGAGGGAACCGACGAAGGCAUCUUCAGCUGGUUCACAGUCAACUUCCUGCUGGGACGUCUCUCAAAGACCAACCAAGCCGCUGCCUUGGACUUGGGAGGUGGCAGCACACAAGUCACCUUUUCGCCAACCGACCCCGAACAGGUGCCCAUUUACGACAAGUAUAUGCACGAGGUGGUGACCUCCAGCAAGAAGAUCAACGUCUUCACGCACAGCUACCUCGGACUGGGUCUGAUGGCCGCCCGACAUGCCGUCUUCUCGCAUGGCUACAAGAAGGAGGACACCGUCCUGGAGAGCGUCUGCGUGAAUCCCAUCAUUGCCAAUCGUACAUGGACGUACGGUAAUGUCCAGUACAAGGUCAGCGGCAAGGAGAACGGAAAGUCCAGUGCCGAGCAGCCCAUUGUCGACUUUGAAGCCUGCCUGGAGCUGGUGAAGAGCAAGGUGAUGCCACUGGUUAAGCCCAAGCCGUUCACCCUCAAGCAGCAUACAGUGGCAGCGUUCAGCUACUACUUUGAGCGGGCCAUUGAGUCUGGUCUGGUGGAUCCUUUGGCAGGUGGAGAGACCACUGUGGAAGCGUAUCGCAAGAAGGCCCAGGAAAUCUGUUCGAUUCCCAACGAUGAGCAGCCUUUUAUGUGCUUUGAUCUCACAUUCAUAUCCACACUGUUGCGCGAAGGAUUUGGUCUUAACGACGGAAAGAAGAUAAAGCUUUAUAAGAAAAUCGAUGGCCAUGAAAUCUCGUGGGCACUGGGAUGUGCUUAUAACGUCCUGACUAGCGAUGAAAAAUUCAGUAAUUCCUAACGCUCCUCCAUAGUAGUCCAUAGAUGAUGAUAUAGCAAAAAAAAAAUGAUAAUUUUUAAAACGAUUGUUAGCUGAAAUUGUUUAUAUAGAGUGCCUUAAACGUGCAUCGAGUAUACUAUUGAUAGAGACCCUCAAAUACACUCAGACAUUGCCUAUA